AUGGACCCCAGAAAUGUGCUUAAAUUCCUCAUCUCCGCUGGGCGCCGCAUUCUCACCAUCACCUUUGCCCUGCUCAUCUUGGGGGUCCUGACAUGGGCCUACGUUGCUGGGAUCCAGCUGGUGACUGACCAGUAUCAGAUCAUGGCCUUCGGCCUCUACGGAGCCUUCCUUGCCGCCCACCUGGUCAUCCAGAGCUUCUUCGCCUUCCUGGAGCACCGGCGGAUGAGGAGGGAAUCAUUGGCCUGUAGCUACACCAAGACGGUGGCGUUGACCAUCUCGGCCUACCAAGAAGACCCGUCCUACCUCCGGCAGUGCCUGGAGUCGGUGCGGGCCACCCUGUACCCCCACGAGAAACUGCGGAUCCUCAUGGUGAUCGACGGCAACAGCCCCGACGACCGCUACAUGAUGGACAUGUUCCAGGAGGUCUUCGCCGGCGAGGACGUGGGCACCUACGUCUGGGAGAACAACUACCACCAGCAGCCCCCGCUGGAGGGCGAGGAGAGGGGCAGCGGCUCCCAGGGGGCGGGAGGAGAGGAGCCUGGGUCCUACACUGAAGUGGAGAUGUUGGACCAGGGCCAGCUGGUGGUGGAGGAGUUGAUCCGCUCCAAGCGAUGUGUCUGCGUCAUGCAGUGAUGGGGCGGGAAGCGGGAGGUGAUGUACACGGCCUUCAGGGCGCUGGGCAACUCGCCAGGCCGGCCAGCUGGAGUUAAAUGCACACCCAUGCCCGGGGGAGUGUUUGCCUGGGGGGACAGUGCGGGGAACUGCGCCUUUGAGCAGCUUUGGGGACGCUGCCGGGAAGACGAGGCCGUGCAGACGGCAGCUUAA